AGCUUUGGAGCUUCCACUUGCAUAGAGAAGUCGGUUCUAUGUGGUCAUAGUGAGCGCGUUUGUCCUUUCUUGUGUGCUCUUCAGUGUGGUGUACAGUGAUUCUGGUGAAAAUUUGUGUAAUCCCUACAGAAACCGUAAGAUUUUCGUUUUUUCGAUCCCUUUGAGCUUCCGCGCCAAGGUCUGCUAGCGGUUUUGAAAAAAAAGAGAGGUCGAUUACGGAACGAGACAAAGCAAUUGGCACAAUAAGUAAAGGCCAGGAAAAAUCUUCCAUUUUCGACCCUUCCUUAGGUUGGAAACGUCGCAGCAACAAACGUCGGAAAGUUGCAUUGCAAAAUUUUCACCCGAAUACUCCGAGCAGGAAGGAAGUGGCGGAAGUGAACAAGUUUGGAUCAGCAGUGCUCGUGAAAAAUACCUUCCCACUGAGGAGCAGAAAUACCCAGCAAAAAGAAUCAAAUUUGCAAAUCCGGAACGAGGACACACGCUUUUCCCACAUACCAAUCGACCACUCAAACGGCCGACCGGACAAGUAGACAACCAGGCGACCCCUUCUACAAUCGACUUCCUUCCUUUGGGGGCAUCACUGUUAUCGAAUGCUGGUUUCGGUGAGGAAGUGAAAAGUUGAAUUUGGUAGAGUUUGCCCGCAGCAGCAGCAAAACGGGAUCAAAGAUUUCGCGAGUUCGGUAAUACACAUCACGGGAACGGUUUUCUUCUCGCCUAGCACUUAGUUUUACGGAAGGAAUAGCCAGUGUGAAAGGGCACAGCCAUGGCCGAUAAGAAAGUAGCAGAACAAUAUUAUGCCCCACCCGAAAAACUGGGCAAAUGGGAGGGCUUCAGACAAUUUUGCUGGAACAGCGAAACCAGCCAAUGCCUCGGAAGGACCGGUUCGAGCUGGGCGAAAAUCCUGUUCUUCUACCUGGUAUUCUAUGCGGCGUUGAUUGGAUUCUUCGCAGCGAUGCUUGCAGUAUUUUGGCAGACGUUAGAUAUGAAAAUGCCAAAAUAUCAACUCGGUGAAUCGCUGAUAGGGUCCAAUCCAGGUCUUGGUUUCCGACCGAUGCCAAAAGAGGACAACGUAGAGAGUACGUUAAUUUGGUACAAGGCAUCCGACAACGGAAACGUUGAAGCCUGGACGACGCAAAUUGAUGAAUUCUUGGAGCCAUACCACCAAGAAGAAGACAACCGUGUCGACUGCUCGUUCGACAACCCACCGCCAGAGGGUAAGGUUUGCAAAGUUCCUAUGAACGAAUGGAGCUCCUGCACCAAGGCGAACCGAUACAACUUCAAGAAGAAGAGCCCAUGCAUAUUCUUGAAGCUCAACAAGAUCUUCAACUGGGUCCCAGAUCUCUACAACACUACCGAUCACUUGCCAGAUUCCAUGCCCGAAGAUCUGCGAGAACACAUCAGCUCCGAACUCAGCAGAGGUGACAAGAACGCCAACAUCGUUUGGGUCUCAUGCGCCGGCGAGAAUCCGGCCGAUAACGAACACAUCGGCCCAAUCAACUACUUCCCCCGCCGAGGAUUCCCCGGAUACUUUUUCCCGUUCAAGAACAUCGAAGGAUACCUGCCACCGAUCGUCGCGGUGCACUUCGAGAGCCCCAAGAAUGGCGUCCUAAUAAACAUCGAAUGCAAAGCCUGGGCACGAAACAUCGUCCACGACCGAGCUGAACGAAGAGGGUCUGUCCACUUCGAGCUGAUGGUUGACUAAGAAACGCGGCCAUCGUCCCUAGUAGCAGCUGGCAAGAGUAAAGCAGGUCGACGAAGAUGAGUCUAGGUGCAGGCGAGAGAACAACUACCAGAAGAAGAAGAAGAAGAACAAACAUGAUUAAUACCGAACAACAAACAAACAAGAACCACCACCACUAAAAGCACUGCAAUGAACAUCAGCAGGAGAGCAACUGACACGAAGAAAAAGUGAAAGAAGAAACCAAAAAACGUAAAAAAGAAGAAGAAAAUCAGUAUGUUAAAACAAUUAAUAUUCUAUAAGCAAAGCUUGAGAGAGAAGGAAAAAACGGAAGAGUGUAGGAAUUUUCUGAAGUUGGCGAAACACCUGGAAAGAUGGUAAUGCAAGCUAUUAAAACAACAAAUUUAGGUGCGAUCUUUAAUUAAUUUAAAGUAUAAUUAACAAAUACAACAAACUAGAAGUUAAUUAUAUAAAAAUACAUACGCGAAACAUCAUCUCGUUUAGGAAAAAAAUCAAUGAAAACCCAUGUACAGCUCUUAAAGGUAUAUUCAUACAAAUAUCGCGAACCGAAGCCGAAAAUUCAAUAAGCAUAUGAGAACAAAUUUCGAAACGCAGUGAAGAGGUUAGCCGAGUUCGAUGCGAUAGGAAAGAGCGGUUGGAAAGGGUGAUGUCUGUUACUUGGAAACUUGACUGAAAUGCAAGCAAAAAAACAAUGAGAAACCGGAAGAAGCUGACCGACGAUUAUUCUUCUAAAUAAGGUUAAAGAGAAUGGCGAGAGGCACAUUUCGGGGUGAUUAUUUUAGAGGUAACUUGAGAACACUGAAUCAGUUCGUUUUUGAAUUCCGAACUGUGUGUACAAAGGGAACGUUUAAUGAGGAAAAAGUAAAACAAAAUGUAUUUUUUGGAGUCAGAACGCAGCGAAAAAAAGUUAUUUUUGUGUGAGUCGAUACUAUCUAAACACAAUGUGGAGCUUUUUAUAGAAGUUUAACAAAAUUACACACACAUACAUAGGAAAGGUAUCGAUAUAUUUCUGGGUUUGAUUGAAAUCAAAGGCCAAUCUUGUUCCGUUUAAUCGAUUUUAAAGUUUAAUGCGUUGACAUAAGUGGUUUAUUAACAAAUGAAAGCUAAAAAGAGUGAAGAAUAUGGAAAAAUAAUAUACAGCUGCGUGAAAUAUCAGUGAAAUCAGAGAACGGAAAUAGCGACAUUGCUAUGGCAUGAAAUCAGCAGGAAAUAGUAAAAAAUCAUCUGAAUGAGAAACAAGUUUACGGGCCUCUUUCUAUUCUUACACUCACUGCCCAACAAAGAAAUAAUAAAAUAUUAAUAAAAAAAUCAUGAAUUGCCCAAGUGAAAACAAGUUUACUAUCAUACCACGAAGCGUUGCAGAUGAUUUAGCCCACAGUAACGACAUCAAUAAAAAAAUAAGAAGAAUAAAUCCGAACAGAGAAAGUAUAAUUUGAUGUAAUUAAUAGCUGAUUGAAGAAACAAAAAAAUCGCAGCAUAAGAAGCCGUACACAAAUAAAUUUGAUAAUGUAAUUAGGGAUUUCGCCACUUAACAUUAAACAAAUAAUUAAACUAAAAAUCGUUUGCCUUUGGGAGAUGUGUGGCCGAGAUCGCUUCCAGUGAACUGGGCCACCAUGUUUUACAGGACAACAAUCAACUUUUGUUUCCAGUUCCACACCGGGAUAAAAUACGGCACUAAAUUUAUACACACCAUUAUAUGGUGCCCCGAAAAAAGCCGAAACGAAAGCAUAAAUAACCAAAAAACACAUCCAGUCAGUGGAAACAAAAGUACUUCAAUUUCAUAUAAUAACACAGAGAAAAAAACGGAAAAUGUUGUUGAAAGUAUUAUUAAUGAUUAUUAUUGGGGAAAAUUGAUAGAAAAACUGAUAAAAUCAAACAUAAAAAUGAGUCUCUUACAAAUGAACACAUGAGCAGAACAAACGCGUCGAGUGGAAACCGGAAUCGACCAAAUGCAAAGCAUCAGCUGAUACUUGAAUGUUACUGAUAGUGCGCUUCAAAGAGUUUGCAAUGUGCUAGCCUCGUUUUGGUUCGAUUAUUUUUCUCAGUGUAAACUUUUUUUUUUGUUAUCGUCCCCUAAACAAAGAUCUGUGUCGUUAUUUAUUUUUAGGAAUAAAUUAUUUAUUUAGCGUUUCCUACGAGCAAGUAUUUUGAAUUUGUGACUAUUAUUUCAACCCGUUCAGUUUUCAGUUGCGCACUGUGUUCAUGUAAUGGAAAUCAAGACGAAAUCCAAGUUAAUGAAGUUGAUAAAACUGUUUUAGUGAAAAUAGAUUAUUUGUAACAGAUGAAUAAGUAGUAUAAGUAAAAAACACACACAGCAGAUGGUGAAUAUUAAAGCAAAGGAAUGCUAUGCUAUACAAGAAGCAUUCAUGCCUUUUCGAGCUUUGACGUUAGUAGAUUUAUAUAAAUUUAGUUAACGUUUUUAGAAUAACCUGAAUGAAUUAUCGAAAGAAGUGGCAGUUUUAUUUGCAGCGUAUUUAGUUGUUUAACUACGUUUAGAAAGCUAUUCAUGAAGAACCGCUACAAUUAAAACAGAUGCUCUGUAAAAUUGAUUGUGAAUAGAAUGUUAGAUUUCUUUCUUGGUAUUUCGAUAAUUACCAUCUAAAGUGAGACGAACAAGUUGAAAUAGCUGUAAGCCGUAAUGCAACAAGCGUAUACAAAAAUACCAACAUCAACUCGAGUGCAGUAACACACUAAUUGUUAGAUUUAAAUACUAUCGCAGGCAAAAAUACACCUACAGUUAAGCUCCCGUGAAGAAUAGAAACAAAAGAGCAACAGCUUUUACAAUUUACUAGACACAGAAAUAAUAAUUCACAAUUGAAUCAGAGAUAGAGUCAAACACCUUCUAUAGCUCAACUUUCAGAACCGCAGGGUAGCGUCGCUUUCAUGCAAAUCACAAGAAGAAAAAGGCAUUUAAAGGAGUUCUAAAUACGAGCAGAACAAUAGUUCCAUUCACCUACAACAACCAGAAAAAAAACUAUUCAAACACCCACCACUUACACAUACACACAUGAUUACAGCUAAACGUAAAAUUAAUAAUGGAAGUUAUGAAUAAAAAGUAAUAAAAUGAACAAAAAUAAACAACAAUGUAAAUCCACUAUAUCUUUUUAAUGAAUGAUUAUUGAAAUAAAAACUGAGAAAUCUGUAGAGACGAAUUAUGUUGGUUUAAUUGACACGCUCUCAUACAAUCCUAGUUUCUCGAAGGUCCUUGUUUCGAUUACACACUUGUUUGGUUUUUCAAUUUUGACACAACUCAGCAAUGACAGCAGCUAGCAAAUCGUAGCAUGCGUUGCUCCUCAUCGGAGCACAAUAAACAAAGCAAGCGCUUUUCUGUCAAAGCAAAAAAGAAACGCCUUCUGUGAUCUGCUAUACUGUACGUUAGAAACGUGAUGCCCUCGGGCACGCUUUGUUUCCAUGCUACGAUCUAAUAUUUGUGGUCAUUGCUGAUGUCGUCGUUUUCUAUCAAUGUUUUCCCAAUGCAUCUUAAUAUAAAUACAAACUUCCUGUAAAUUAGAUGCAAAAUUGUACAUAUUCAUUACCCUCUUCUCUCUCCAACUAUUAAACAAAAAACAAGCAGUUUUACAGAAUGUAAUAAUUAAUCAUCAAUCCGAUUUUUGGUAACAUUUUGUUGUAUUGCUGAAAUUUGAUCAGUACUAUUUCUUUUAUGAGGCUUAUCAAAAUCUGCACUACAGUGUAGCCAUGUAAGCAAAAUUCAUGUAACAUCACCACAUUUUGCUAGUUAGCUGUCGAAGCGACAACAAUCGUGGGCAAUUGAGGAAAAAACCUGCAUAUAUGUUGAGCUACAAAAUCAGUGAAAAAACUUAUUUGAGCUAAAUGGAAAAGAUAUCCAGUGCUUGCAAAGUAAAAUCUCAUUUCUAAGAAAAAGAGUAUUCCAACAUGCAAGUUGCACAUGGGAUAUAAAAAAUAUAGCAAAAUAAUACUGAAGCCAUGAGUGUUGAAUCAAUAACAAUGACGCUGUAGUGCUUAUCACGAGAAUAUGUAACAACUAAAAAUUAUUCGCGAGUAAAAAAUACACGAAAACAAAUCAUGUUAAAACACAAAUCUAAACGAAGCGAUUAGGUUUUUUAUUUCCUUGUAGUCAGAAACUCGGUUAGCUGCUAAGACUACUAGAUUCAAAACAAUAUAUUAACACUAAUAAAAGUAAUAUUACAUAACUACCCUAAUGAUAAGGACAAUUAGGCUACAGAAGAAUUAUCACAAAAGAGCAUAUAAACUUGUUAUAAAUAGUUAGUAUGUACGUACCUAAGUGUUACACGUGCUCCAAAUAGUCUAGCAAUCUAGGAACAAUUUAUCCAAAGCGAAAAUUUAAAAUAAACAUCUAGAACCUUUCCUUCAAUUAUUUGUUUCAAAACUAAUUUUCAUUCCUUUCCUUCCAUUCUUUCUUCUCUGUUGCUUGUUUUUAUUUUUCAAUGCAACAAAGCUUAUUUAAGAUUGUUUCAGCAAGCUGCCAACACUUAUUAAAUCUUCAAACAAAAAAUCGCUGAUUUAAAAAGUCAGUUUCACUUACUGUGACACAGCCGUCUCAGACUUCCCUAAAUUUUCACAAAAAAUAACUAGAAAUAAUUUUUCCACAAUAAUCAUAAACCUACUGAAAAAUGAUACUUAGCGCAGCUGUGGUGAAAUAUAAGAAUAGAAAUUUUCCUUUUUAGAAUGCAAACUGACACUUUAUAGGUUUUAAAACACAUUUUGAUGAAAAAAUCAGUGUUUAAACGGACUCAAACCCGUUUCCAUGGAGUUUUUAUUCAAAUAAUUAAUUCGCAACAGCGUAAGGUGCAGAAAGAAUCUUUAGACAGCGGUAGUUCAUCGUCUGUUUUAGUUUACAUGCAACAACUAGUGUUAAGUACACUU